CUUAAAAUUGUGCUUGCUUUCCUAACGUCAUGCAGUUUUAGCUUCUAACCAAGUUCUAAACAGUUUCAGAUAAGUUUCUGCUUAUCUUCACUCAGUUUUGUGCGAACCUAGCAAAUAAACAACUGCAACACUGUUCUGCUAAAAUAAUAUACAUUCAGGUAACAUACCGUGGAAAACCUUCUAUCAUUUCAGACUGGAAAUGUUGACUUUGGUCUUUGUGUGCCUCUCUUUUUCACUCACAGGCCUACAUGCUUCCUUUUCAGUGACUGUUAAUGGUCCCGUAGUGAAAGUGAAAGAAAAUGAGGGAGUUGACUUGCAAUGUUCCUACACCGCUGACUUUGGAGCGACACCCAGAGUAGAAUGGAAGUUCAGAAAUCUGAAGGGCUUUCAGUAUUUCAUCUACUUUAAUAACAAGCCAACUGUUGAAUAUGAACAGCGCAUCACUGCGUACUCUGGAGGACUGAGAUUUAACAAAGUGACGCGAGCAGACACUGGAGAUUAUAACUGUGAGGUUUCUGGAAAUGGUGGAUAUGGAGAGAAUACCAUCAAACUUGUAGUCUCUGUUCCUCCUUCCAAGCCUGUAUCCAGCAUUCCUUCAUCAGUCACAACAGGCAGUAACGUCCGCCUGACUUGCUUUGACCCAGUUGGCUCUCCUCCAUCCACCUAUGAUUGGUACAAAGACAACAACCUCCUCCCUGAGGAUCCAACCAAGUUCCCCACUUUUAAGAACCUCACUUAUAAGAUGAAUGCUUUCAGUGGAAACCUGGAGUUUCCGAGUGUGUCCAAGUUGGAUGCUGGCUCAUAUUUUUGUGUGGCCAGUAAUGUACAUGGUGUCUCUCAGCAUGGUGAUGCAGUGAAGAUGGAAGUUUAUGAUGUAGACAGCAGUCAAGUGCCAAAUGUGAAGGGCAACUUGAGCAUGGAGACGCACAACAUUCCAGGCAAGAUCACCAACAGCCACAUAAUGGAAAAACAGUAUGGCGUGUUCAUGUUGCAGGAGGUGAAGCUAAAACUAGAGAUACAGAAACUGGAAUUAGAAGUGACCAAGCUAAAGCUGGAGCUGCAAAAACUUGGACAUGAAGUGUAGAUAAUAUCAUUCAUCAUUACUGCUAUAUGCCAAAGCAUUUAUUUCAUGUGCUGAUUUCAGAUGUUAUUGUAAUUUCAUUUGUUAUAUACAGCUGGAGUCUUCUUCAUACCUCUCUUAAAAGAUCAGAGAUGAUUUGACAGAUCUGGAUCUUUUAAUUGUGAUGACAGACCCACAUUUGCAAAUCAGAUUAAAACAUCUGAAUGAACUGAUCUGAGAUACUGCCUGAGCACAAGAUCGUUCAUUGAAUUGGCUAUUAACUGACGCCAAGACAACAGCGUCUUCGUUGACAACACAAACACAAUUUAAAUGUAUAUAAGGGUUUGUUAAAUGAAAUGCAAUAUUGUUCACCCUUUGUAAUAUUCAUACUGGUUUACAGAUGUGUCAAGAGUAUUGCAUUUAGAAGCGUAUUUAAUCUUGCCUGUAGAAUGGAUUCGCUAUAUGUGACAGCAUUAAAGUUUCUUAAUCCCUGA